GGAGGAGGAGGAGGAGGGUGCGGGGGCGGGGAGGGAAAUGUCGAGAUCCGGAAGUGGAUGUCUGGAGGAGGUGCCACUUGGCGGCAAUGGCUGCAAUGGCGGCAGCGGCGGAGGAGGCCCCGGGCCGAGGCCGGGCAGCUUGGGGGACCCCUGGGUAUAGGCCAGAGACUGGUUACUGUACACGCUUCUGCUGAAUCCUCCCCCGAGGUUCCAGUUAGAGAACUGCGGCCUACGUUCCCCAGCCCUCUAGACACGGAGGAGAGUUGGCCGGUGCUGGUGGGCUGCUCUGGGCCCCGGGGGUGAGAGGGGGGAGGUCACUGACGGGCGGACUCGGGACAGGAGCGCUCGCAGAACUGAGAGGUUCUCUCGCCUCCCCUUCCUCUAAGGGCAGUGCAUCCCCCCCCCUCCUCUCGCCUCCCAUUCCGUAUCCCAGCAAUUUUGGGGCCGUGACUUUCCGAUUGAAAAAAAUCUUCCCUCACACAGCAUCAUUCCCCCAUUGACUUCUUCCCUCUGUAACAACGAAUUGGACCACAGAAAUCUUGUACUCUUGUCACUUGUGGAUUAAAGGCUGUGAAUAAGGCCGCCAAAAGCCCUGAUACUCUCACCAGGAAACAGUAGUUCUCCCUAGGAGCCGACAAGGAAGAAGUAACUAACAUAAACCUGCUGUCUGUGGGAGGCCAAAAGAUCUGAUCUGAGAAGUUGACACUCAAAGUCUCCUCUUUGGGGCCACGACAAGUGUUUAAAUAACUAAGCACCUUUUGAAACUCCAGGGGCAAAAAUAGUAGUUUGAUGUCCUUUGGGGUAACUAAAGGACAAGAAAAUGGAUGAUUUCAUCUCCAUUAGUCUUCUGUCGCUGGCCAUGCUGGUAGGAUGUUACGUGGCUGGAAUCAUCCCCUUGGCUGUUAAUUUCUCCGAGGAGCGACUAAAGCUGAUAACUGUUUUGGGUGCUGGGCUUCUCUGUGGAACUGCAUUGGCUGUCAUUGUGCCUGAAGGAGUACAUGCACUUUAUGAAGAUAUUCUGGAGGGAAAGCACCACCAGGCCAGUGAGGCACAGAAUGUGAUUGCAUCAGACAAAGCAGUAGAAAAACCACUUGUACAUGAACAUGAGCACAGCCAUGAUCACACAAGACUGCAUGCAUAUAUCGGUGUUUCUCUAGUCUUAGGCUUUGUCUUCAUGCUGCUAGUGGACCAGAUUGGCAGCUCUCAUAUGCAUUCUACAGAAGAUCCAGAAGCAGCACGAUCCAACAAUUCCAAAAUCACUACCACGUUGGGCCUUGUAGUUCAUGCUGCAGCUGAUGGUGUUGCUUUGGGAGCAGCAGCUUCUACGUCACAAACUAGUGUCCAGCUAAUUGUAUUUGUGGCAAUAAUGCUACAUAAGGCACCAGCUGCCUUUGGCCUGGUUUCCUUCUUAAUGCAUGCUGGAUUGGAACGAAACCGAAUCAGAAAGCAUUUGUUGGUCUUUGCUCUAGCAGCGCCUGUUAUGGCCAUGGUGACAUACUUAGGGCUAAGUAAGAGCAGCAAAGAAGCCCUUUCAGAGGUCAAUGCCACUGGAGUGGCCAUGCUUUUCUCUGCUGGGACUUUUCUGUAUGUUGCUACAGUGCAUGUCCUCCCUGAGGUGGGAGGACUGGGUCACAGUCACAAGCCUGACUCUGCUGGAGGAAAAGGACUCAGCCGCCUGGAAGUGGUUGCUCUGGUUUGGGGUUGCCUCAUCCCACUCAUUUUGUCAAUUGGACACCAGCAUUAAAUGUUCAGGUCCCAGCCUCUGUCCUUGGUCUUUCAGAAGUCUGAUAUGGAUAGCACAUUACAGCUGCUCAAUUCUUCAGUCUCUUGUCUUACCUUGCCUAGCUCCACCAAUAUUUCAGAAGCCCAGUGAGGAUUGUGAUAUAAAACUCAGAGUACUAGAAAUGCUUUUUAGCAUAAAAACAUAUUACAUAUGCCUAUAUAAAUUCUUUGGUUAUCUCAUGUUUUUUAAAAGACUCCUUCAUAUUUGAGUUUUUAGGAUUUUGAUUUCCCUCUUCUCAGGAAAAAUGAAAUUUAGAUUUCAAGGUAAAGUGGAAGACUUAGUUGCUCACUUAAAAAUAAUAAUUAUUGAAGUAUAGUAUUCAAAAUUCAUCUUUCAUACUUGAGUUAACACGUAUUGAACCUCCUCUUUAGUUUAAGGGGUCUCUGGACUCAUUUUUGUUUUUAGCUUGGUCUUCACCAUUUUGACACUGGUGCUUAUUAUAACAUCUGUGUCCCAUGUCUGGAUUAUAUGCUGAAAGGUGAUUUAAUUUAGGUUUGUUAAAAGAGUAAGGAAAAUGGGAGUGGGUACACAAAGAGGAAACAACUGGGGUAGCACAGAUUAAUAAGAAAUGAAAUACUUGCUUCUGCUUCUCUGCAGGAAAAGGUAAAAUCCCAGGAAAUGAAAUAUAGGGAAGUUUCCUUUUAAAGAGGUGAACAGUUUUGUAAAAUAUUUUUCUCCAAGUUGCCCCUGGAAGAAUCCCAGCCUUCAGCAAAUUUCCUAUGGAGCAGCAGCUUUAGACCCUCUACAGGAACUCAGAUUUGCAGAGCAUCUUUAGAAAUGAAGAGAUACUAAACUUUAAACAAAUUAUGGAUACUAAGGAGAGAGGUCUCUGGAUCAUUUUUAAAAUUAGAAUAACUGAAUUCCAUGUUGUGAGUUUUCUUGUUUUUAAAAAGUAUUAAUGUUAGCAGAACAGCAAUCCCUUUGGUAAAAAAAAAAGUGGUGCAUCUUGGGAAUGCUGAUUAUGCAGCAAGUAAGCAUCUUUUGUGGUGAGGAAAAGUCAUGGUAUAUCAUAAAUGAGAAGUGUUUUCCUUGUAAUUGAAAUCAUGUCCCCUGAUCUUUCCCACACUGCCUCUGAGAUAAAACUUUUCCCUCUAAGCUCUUAGACACAUCCUUCCCUUUUGCUCCUCCCCACUCUUCCCAUAGUCAGCUUGGUGGUAGGGAUGCUAAUUAAUUCUACAGGAUUUAGUUCUCAUCAGGACAACCGUUCUUUGGAUUGUGUUGAAGCUCAGCUCUUACUCUAUUCCCAUCUCCUCCAAAUAGGUAAUUUUCAUCCAGUGCAAAUUGUCUAGGCCUUUAAAUUACUUACCUUUUUAUGAGAGAUUUGGCGCAAUAGUUAAAAUGCUGGACCUCCCUUUUUUUUUUAGAGUUGUAAACCUGUUCAGUAUAUACUCAAUGAGUUUCUGCCCUCCAGCCCUGACAUUUCCCAAAUCAGUGCUUUGGAUGUUUGGAGUCCCUGUUAAUCCUUUGAAAGGACUGGAAAAUAAAUGUUAUUAUUGUAUUUUUAACUUUUGAUUUACUUUUUUUAAUCCCAGCUCCAAACAUGUUAUCACAUAAAGGGGAACAAGAUUAUUUUUCUCCAGUAAAUAGAUUUUUUUAUCCCAUAAAAAUUAUAUGUGACACACAAGCUGUAAUAUGCCUGUCAUUUCUUUAUUUCAUCAUUAUUAGCUAUAGAUAACAAGGAUUUGUGAGCCCUCUUGGCUGCAGGCCAAAGUAGUACCAUAUGAGAUGGUUUUGCUAAAUAGUAACUUAUUCCCCUUUCCCCCCAUUGCAUCACUAGUACUUAAGAUAUACAGAAAAUAAUGUAUAGAAAAUAUGUGACUUUCUUAGCCAGACGUGAAAGAUAUGGGGCUUCAUCUUGCCCUUCAAAAUUACUUGGUUGCCUUCAAUUCUAUCUAACAUUGCACUUUUGCUGUCAAAUAAAUUGCACAAUUUUGGUAUUUGGUUUGGAUGGGAAUUUUACCAUCUAGCUCUUGUGCAGUGAAUAGAUAUUCAUUACUCUGCUGGCCAAAGACCGUUUCAGCAGUGCCUUGCCAUCAUCUUUAUGAGUUUGGCUAGAAUCUUGCUAUGCAGGGCCUUGGACGCUAACAAGGAUUAAACUAUUUUCCAGAUCUACUUUCGUCUGCAACCUCACCAUCACAGGCAAAUCUGUCAGGACUUAUAGCUCCUAAGAGCAUUAUCUAUACUUCUUCCUAGACUUUCGUUUUUGUGCCCCAGGAAUUCCUUGUCUUUAUUCAAGGUCAGCAGAUAAGAAUAGCCAUAAUAAAUUUGUAGGGCUCAAACACUUCUCCAUGCAGCAGAGCAGUUUAACCAAGCUCUGUUGGUAAAAAAAAGAAAAACUUUACUAGUGUGACACAUUGCACUGGGGGAGAGGUUACAUUGAUGUAACUUAAUGAUAUAUUUCAGUUCUGUUUUUUCCUUGUUUUGACCUGCUUCUUUAAAUGUGGAUGCCUUAAUACUAUAAUAGGUAUUAAAUCAUUGGUGAUAUAUAAGUUGCUUCCAUGAUUUUGGAUGGAGUUUUUGGCUGCCAAAGAGAUAUACAACUUAUAAUUUUUUUCCCCACCAGUAGCCAAAGUUCAUUUUAGUUGCAGUCUGGCUCCCUUUAUGGUUCAAGAUUUUGCUCAGAUCCAGGAUUUUCUCUUGACUGGCAAUUUGAAUCACAAUUUUAUCACACCUCAAGUAUUUUCAGGUAGCCAUAUAUCAAUUGCCAUUUCUUUUGGAGUAUUGAUCCCUUUGAUGCUGAAUUUGGUUCUGCUUUGAUUUUCCAUUGCAGGAUUGUCUUAGUGUAGCCAGAGGUUCUGCACUGGAACACUGAGAAUUGGGAAAGGCACUACCUUCAGAGGCUGCGUGAUCCUUUUUCUUUCCCUCACCUCUUUUUCCCUGACUCUAUGCUUACCACAUCAGCCAUUUUGCAAUAUUUUUGUUUUUUCAGUCAUUUGGGAAAGGAAGAAAAGUGGCUGCUUACAAUAUCUGUUCCUUGUGGUAACAGAAAACUACUAUUUUUUUUCUCUACCAGCCUAGUUAUAAGCUGCCUGGUUUUUCCCUUUCAAGUGAUGAGAAUUAGCAAGGACAACACACCAGCAUCAGGCUAUCUUAAGCAGCUGAAAUACAUUACAUGUUGGUAGUGAGAUGCUGAGCACAGGAUUUUAAUGACUGUCUCAACAUAAAACCCCAAAGAACAUUCCUCCUUACUGUGUGUAUAAAUCUAAUCUCUUGAGAGACUUAGGACACUUAUUGAAAACUGCUAAAUUGGAGGAACUCUUUGUAUUUGUCUUACAGGAAUCUUCCAUGCAGUGGUAAAUAUGUGCCUAGCAUAAUCAUUGUUCCCCAAAAAAAGUAAGAGAUGCUGUGAAUUGAGUCAGUGAUGUUACUUACCGUCUUUGUUCCUUCAGCUCAUUGUUAUCAACCUCAGGAGAUCUGGAAGGAAGUUAUUAUUUGUGGGUAGGGAACAUAGAAUAUUUUGAUAACUCUCCAGGUAAACUCAGCCUAAUGCAAAUGCUGAACACAAGAAGACUGGCUAAUUAUUUUUUCUGGCAGCAUCUUCUAUUAAGUUGGAUUUCUAUGGGAUAACAUUGCUGUUCCUGAUUCAAAGGCCUGAACAGUGAUUUUAAAUGUCUCUCUUCUCAAUCCUUUGUAAACAUGAAAUCAUUCCAUGGAUGGCUGCCUUAUAAUUUUGUCUUUUUCCAUUUUAAUUGUGAAUGGUUUAAAAAAAAGUUGCUGUUUUUUGAUUUGUUUUAUGAUAUUAAAUUUUUAUUAGUGCAUUAUUUACAUGAAUGGC